CAUCUAAAACAAACUCUAUCUACUUACUCAAAACACACUUGAGACCUUAUCUAAAACACAAACCAACAAAAGGAAAAAAUGGGUUUGGUCCGAUUAUUAUGUUCGUUCCUAGUCUUUCUUUGUUGUCUCAUCGCGGUUUAUGGUCAAGGUACGAGGAUCGGGUUCUACUCGACCACAUGCCCCAAUGCCGAGACGAUUGUUCAGACCACUGUGGCAUCUCACUUUGGUUCAGAUCCAAGGGUUGCACCGGGGUUACUGAGAAUGCACAACCAUGAUUGCUUUGUCCAAGGUUGUGAUGGUUCAGUGCUUUUAUCAGGACCUAACUCUGAAAGAACCGCUGGCGCAAACGUUAACCUUCGUGGUUUUGAGGUCAUUGAUGAUGCCAAGACGCAGCUCGAGGCGGCAUGUCCUGGUGUUGUCUCUUGUGCUGAUAUCUUAGCCUUGGCGGCUCGUGAUUCCGUUGCUCUCACGAACGGACAAAGUUGGCAAGUUCCAACAGGACGUAGAGAUGGACGAGUUUCCUUGGCAUCGAACGUUAACAAUCUUCCUUCACCAAGUGACUCUCUAGCCAUUCAACAAAGGAAAUUCGCCGCUUUUCGCCUCAACACUCGCGAUCUCGUCGCUCUUGUUGGAGGACACACGAUCGGAACAGCUGCAUGUGGGUUUAUCACGAACAGGAUAUUCAACUCGACCGGAAACACAGCCGAUCCAACAAUGGACCAAACAUUUGUACCACAACUUCAAAGACUUUGUCCCCAAAACGGCGACGGAUCAGCGCGUUUGGAUCUUGACACCGGAAGUGGAAACACUUUUGACACAUCUUAUUUCAUCAAUCUCAGCCGUAACAGAGGAAUUCUUCAAUCCGAUCACGUUCUUUGGACUAGUCCGACCACGAGGCCCAUAGUGCAAGAGUUCAUGACUUCUACAAGCAACUUCAAUGUCCAGUUCGCUAGGUCAAUGGUUAAGAUGAGUAAUAUUGGUGUGAAGACUGGGAGAAAUGGAGAAAUUCGUAGGGUUUGCUCUGCUGUUAAUUAAUCAGUGAUUAAGGUUUUAUGGCUAACUUGUUCAAAGGAUUUCUUUUUUUAUAGUUUGAUUUUAAUUUUAAACCAAUAGAAUAAAAAGGAUAUGAGAGAUACCCAAAAGUGGGUUGUUGAUUGUAUUUGUAUUCCAUUUCUUUCGGUUUGAUUUGGUGGAAUUAAUAAAGUUUAAUUUCGUUA